AUGAGGUGUAUCUCCUCGGUCUCGUAUAAUAUUAUUGCAAGUGGCCAAGACUUCGAUCCCAUUAUCCCUUCGAGAGGUUUGAGACAAGGUGAUCAUUUGUCUCCUUACCUUUUUAUUUUGUGUGCGGAAGGACUCUCACUUUUGAUUAAAGAUUAUGAGAGGUUGGGGAAGGUUCGUGGUUGUAAGGUAGCAAGGGGAGCUCCUAUAAUUUCACACAUGUUCUUUGCGGAUGACACUUAUGUUUUUUGCAAAGCAAAUGAGGAGGCUGCAUGUAAUGUUAUGGAAUUAUUGAGUUAUUUUCAGCAAGCUUCAAGGCAGCAGGUUAAUGUGCUUAAAUCUUCUAUAUUUUUUAUCUCUAAUACUAGAGCUGAAGAUCGAACAAGGGUGUGCUCAAGAAUGGGGAUUUCUGAAGCAGGGGAUAAUAGUACUUACUUGGGGCUGCCUAAUAUUGUGGGGAGAAAUAAGACGACUUUGUUGGGAUUUCUUAAGGAAAGAUUAAGGAAGAAGAUUCAAGGAUGGGAGGGUCGUUUCUUAUCCAAAGCGGGUAAGGAACUCCUUAUUAAAACUGUUGCUCAAUCUCUCCCUAGUUAUGCAAUGAAUGUUUUCUUGCUAACUAAGAAAAUUUGUAAUGAAAUGGAACAGAUGAUGUGCAACUUUUGGUGGAAAUCUUCAUCUAAGGAUAGCAAAGGAAUUCAUUGGAAGAGAUGGGACCGUCUGACUUUACAUAAAUUGAAAGGAGGCAUGGAGUUUAGAAACCUGCGAGAUUUCAAAGUAAGUCUACUUAGUAAACAAGGUUGGAGGCUUCUUUCUCGGCCUGAUUCCCUUGUGGCUCGGUUAUUCAAAGCACGAUACUACUCCAGAGGUGAUUUCUUAUCUGCUGAAUUGGGUCAUAAUCCGAGUUUCGUAUGGCGUAGCAUCUUUGAGGCUAAAGAUCUAGUAAAGGCAUGGGCAAGGGUUCGAAUUGGAAAUGGAGCAAAGACUAGAAUCUUAGAUGAUCCGUGGCUGCCUGAUGAGGAUAAUCCGAGAAUAAUUUCCACACAUCCUGCUCUUGUUGAUCAAAGAGUUCAAGCAUUAAUGGUGACUAGACAUUAUGAAUGGGAUGUUGAGUUGAUAAAUGAUGUGAUGAGUGCUCGAGAUGCUGCAAUUAUUCUUAGUAUCCCAUUAAACCCAAGUAGACAAAGUGAUGCGUGGUUUUAG